AUGCCCAAUGUUACAAUAGAAAAUAUCGACAAAGUGUUGGGCGUAAAACUGGAAAUGAAGACGGAGCACCGCACAUGCUGCGCGUGCGGGGAGCCGAUCGCGGACCGUUUCCUGCUUGAAGUGGGCGGCGGCGCGUGGCACACGGGCUGCCUGCGAUGCUGCGUGUGCGCGGUGCAGCUUGACCGACACCCCUCCUGCUUCCUGCGCGAUCGGCAGGUCUACUGUAAGCAGGACUACGCCAAGAGCUUCGGCGCUAAAUGCUCAAAAUGCUGUCGCGGCAUUUCUUCAUCAGACUGGGUGCGAAAAGCUCGUGAACAAGUUUACCACCUGGCCUGCUUUGCGUGUGACGCCUGUGGCCGUCAGCUCUCUACCGGCGAACAGUUUGCAUUACACGAAGAUAGAGUUUUAUGCAAGCCGCACUACCUGGAGACUCUGGACGGGGGUUCCAUUUCCUCUGAUGAUGGCUGUGACUCCGAAGGUUAUCACAAAAGCAAGGCCAAGCGAGUCCGGACCACAUUUACAGAAGAACAAUUGCAGGUUCUUCAAGCGAAUUUUCAACUGGACUCAAAUCCUGACGGUCAGGAUCUAGAGAGGAUUGCGCAAGUCACAGGGUUGAGCAAGAGAGUCACACAAGUGUGGUUCCAGAACAGUCGCGCCAGGCAGAAGAAACACCAACAUACUGGAAAAGGGAAACAGAAUCAACUGAUGUCGCGAGAUACGGAUCCGGCGGGGUUUGGGCGGCCUAUCAACCUCCACCUUACAUAUUCUUUCCAGAACAAACCGCCUUUUGUCCCAAUAGACGGCACCUCUUUCACGGACUCUUCAAUGGAUGAACUAUCAGAGGACUCAUCUAUUCACUGCAUGCAGAGUGAAGUUUGA